UUAGGGUUCUUGAGAGCAAUGCUCCUUUUCUCGUGGAUCCGUGCGUGGAUCCAGUCGUGGAUCCGGCGAUUGUUUGCGCCAGCUAAGCGCCAGGAGCGGAUCGCAGCGAGGAAACGCGCCGAGGAUUUGUUCGAUGUUCCAGGAUCGACUGUGAUCGUGAGGAAGGAUGCAUCCACGGCAGAGUGGGAUGAUCGGAUUGGAAUGGCUCGAGUCGCAAAUCCAAGAGGAAAAAUCUGGAACACGACUGGAGUGAUUCGUAGUUCUUCGCUGCUAUGCAAUGUGGAAGAAACCAUCUAUCUUGUGGAGCAAGGAUGUCUCGUUCUCACUUUGCAAGGAAGAACUAUGGAUCUCCACGAAGUUCUCGAGCUUCUGGGAGUGGAAAAGAAUGGCUGCUCGAUGGACGCUUACAACGUCUACUCGCAUUUCAAAGCUCUUGGCUAUGUCGUCUCUCGCCACAAUGUGGAUUGGACGGCCAAGGAAGAACUCGAAUCGAUCGACAGAGAAAGAGAUGAUCAUUCUUCUUCUUCUUCUCUCAAGUUGGUCUUUGACGUCUACGCUCCAAACAGCCAGUUUAGAAAGACAUCACCUGGAGUCCCGCUUUUCAGCCUCUGUGUCUCGAGGACUGCUCCAACCAAGAACCAAGUUAACACUUUGGAACGGGGAAGCAAAGUACCAGUUAAGUUUGCGACGGUCCAAGGUGGACAUGUUGGAAUUUUCUCCUUCACCACAGUGGAGCUUCCAUGCUUGUCCUAGAACCAGUGGGUCACGCUUGACGUUCUUGACAAAAUCAUAAAAACGAUAAUGUCAUUGUAACUUGAAGCGAGUCAAGUCGAUCUCAUGAACUUUCUUGUCAAUGGCGUUUCGAAAGAGUAAUAUGAUGACCCUGCGACGAUUCAUCA